AUGGAGAGCUUUACCGCCAACAUUGGAUUAACUUCUGCUUUUACUGGAGAAAACGUCAUGCAGCCAAAGGCCAAUGGUUUGUGGAGACCGUGGGCUGGAAAAGAGGACAGGACUGCAACAGACAUGGCUGCUUCUAUGAAUGGAGGCCGUUCAUUUGCGAAAAACCCCAAGACUCUGCAGGUCACUCAUCCCGUGAAGUUAUACUGGCCGAAAUCGAAAUGCUUCGAUUACCUUUACCAGGACGCAGAGAUGCUCCUGCGUAACUACCCAGUCCAAGCGACCAUCUGUCUGUACGAGGACUCCAGCAGUGAUGAAGACAGCGAGGAUGAAGAGGAGGAGGAGGUCGAAAAGGAGCAGAACUGA